CCCCACACCGUCCGCGCGCUGGAGGAUGCGCUAGGUCAGUUCAUUGCGAGACGCUAAUUAACGGGGCUUUGAUUUUCCUCGUCCGCCGCGGAGUGAAUGAAUUUACAUUCUCGAAACUGGGCAGUCGCCGAUUUGAUUCGGUACACCAGGUAGAAGCAUUGACCUAUGAUGACAUGACAUGAUGUGGAUACCUGUUGUCACGAAGCUUGUUUGAAGUACACAUAAGGUACAUUUAAAAGAACGUCUUGCUGUACCAUUUGCUAUUUUAAGAUCUGAGUUGUCGAGGGAUUGCAAGAGCUUAUGAGGAAGUUCUGUUGCGAAAAAGAAAACCAGUGGCUAGAGGAGACUGCAGAACGUAAGGAGCAUCAAACGGGGAAAGACGGAAAAGGGAAGCUGGAAUAGCAAGUGGAGAAUCAUGAACUGAGGUACAGAAUGAGACCUUAUAUGCAGCACAGGCGGGGGAGAUCAUGUGGCUUGCAUGGCUACUGCAAGGAUGAAAAGUCUUAAAUGGACAGUGUCUUGCAAUUUUCCCCCGUUUGGGUGAUGGCUUAAUCAUUUGUAUUUGGAGGAUGAAGUAUGUUGAAAGAAUGAAGAAGACCAUACUGAAGAGACCAAUCCGAACAUUUGCUAAUGAUGACCGACAUGUCAUGGCAAAACAUUCCUCGGUGUAUCCUUCCCAAGAAGAGCUUGAAGCUGUGCAGAAUAUGGUUUCAACAGUGGAAUGUGCACUGAAACAUGUAUCGGACUAUUUGGAUGAAACUAAUUUGCAAUCAGUUAAUGUGGAUGCAGGUGAAGAUGGAGCUGCAGAUGUGAAGAAAAGUGGCACAUCAGAGAGCAAUACAAAUGAACAGAGCGGUCGAGUUUUGUGUGGAGUGAUGCGAAUUGGAUUGGUUGCAAAGGGUUUGCUGAUAAAGGGGGACCUGGAUUUGGAGCUGGUGUUGAUGUGUAAAGAGAAACCAACCGAGAAGUUAUUAAAUACAGUGCAUCACAAUCUGCCAGUACAAAUUCAGAAACUUUCAGAAGAAAAGUAUGAAGUUGAGAAAUGUGUGGAAGAAGCAGCUAUCACUGUUCAAAAUACAAAAGAACCCAAGUUGACACUGAAGAUUAUCCUGAGUUCGCCAGUGGUGAGAGAUGAAAUGGAAAAGAAAGAAGAUGGAGUAGAAAAUUUUGCGAUGAAAGACCCGGCGGACUUAUUGGACAGGCAGAAAUGCCUAAACGCCUUGGCGUCUCUGCGACACGCCAAAUGGUUUCAGGCGAGGGCAAAUGGAUUAAAGUCAUGUGUAAUUGUGAUUCGUAUUCUGCGUGAUUUAUGCAACAGAGUACCCACAUGGGGACCAUUGAAAGGAUGGCCCCUAGAGCUUAUUUGUGAAAAAGCCAUAGGUACUAGUAAUAGACCAUUAGGGGCUGGUGAAGCCUUGAGGCGUGUAAUGGAGUGCUUGGCGUCAGGGAUUCUGCUACCUGGUGGUCCAGGGUUGCAUGAUCCUUGUGAAAAAGACCUAACUGAUGUAUUGAACUCGAUGACUCCACAGGAAAUGGACAACAUUACUCAUAGUGCCCAGCAUGCACUUAGACUCAUGGCCUUUGGUCAGAUCUACAAAGUACUGGAGAUGGACCCACUUCCAUCAACAAGAUCCUCCCUUCAAAAAUGGUCCAGGUCACUGGGUGAGCGAGAUGGACCACUCUCAGCACCUUUGAAGAGACCAUAUGAAGAUGGUAUGGGAGAUGACAAAGAUCCAAACAAAAAGAUGAAAAGGAACCUGAGAAAAAUAAUGGAAAGCAAGGCAAUAGAUGUUAACCAACCUAUGAAUGCUCUGAUGAGACUGAAUCAAAUUAAACCUGGCCUGCAGUACAAGCUUCUUUCACAGUCUGGUCCUGUGCAUGCACCUGUCUUCACUAUGUCUGUGGAUGUUGAUGGAAAAACCUAUGAAGCCUCAGGACCAUCAAAAAAAACAGCCAAGCUUAAUGUAGCAGUUAAGGUGCUGCAGGCAAUGGGCUGUCCAACUGGUAUGGACUUGAAGAUGGGUUUUGAAUCCCAGGAAAUGGAAGAAAAGUCCUCAGGCGAUGAUAAGAAUGAAACUGUUUCUACAAACUCUAGCAAUGACACAGUUGGCUGCGCUACUGCUGCAAGCACCAAUACUCUAGAGAUGAGAACACAGGGUCCAAUCCUAACCGCCAGUGGAAAAAAUCCUGUUAUGGAGCUGAAUGAGAAGAGGAGGGGUUUGAAAUAUGAAUUAAUAUCUGAAACUGGUGGCAGUCAUGACAAACGCUUUGUUAUGGAGGUGGAAGUAGAUGGUCAGAAGUUCAAGGGAGCAGGUCCUAAUAAGAAAGUAGCAAAGGCCAGCGCUGCUUUAGCUGCCCUUGAAAGAUUGUUUUCUGGUCCCAGUGCUGCAAACAACAAGAAAAAGAGAACUGGUCCUCCGGCAAAGGGUCCAAUUGCUGCUCCAGCAGCUGCAGUCCAGUCGCUCAGAGGCAGAGGCAGAGGUGCCUUGAGCAGAGGAGCUUUUGCUGGUGCAGCAGUAACAGCUGCUCCAAGCUAUCUAACACCAGGUUAUGGGGCACCAUAUGGAUACAGUGCUGCUGCCCCAGCUUACGGUGGUUUUUUCAUUGACAAUCCCUAUUACCAGCCUCGGGCCAUCGCACCAUUUAUUAUUCACUUGGGUCCUCAGGAUUUCGACUCUGACUUCUAGAACCAUCAGGUUGUGAGACUUGAAAACUUAUUUUUGUUAUGUCAGUUCGGCUGUGGGCUAGGGGAAAAUGGCAGACUGUUUCAAGGCCAUAUAUCUAUCCAUCCCUUGCACGAAUAGCAAUCUUUGGCAGUAGCUUACUUGAAAUUUAGAAUUUAAAUGUUUAAGCCAAAAUCAUGAGGAUUAUUUAUUAAUGAUUCCAACCAUUAGAAAUUUGAACUGUAUAAUGAAGUUGAUUCUCUUUCCUAUUCCUCCACUUUAACAUAUACAAAUCCUAUGCUGUUUCAUUGGAGUUUGCAUUUGAGACAUGUAUUUUGUUUUGUACUUAAGUAAAAAUUGUUGUGAAUUUGACUUACUUUGUCAGCUCUGCUGCUAGUCAUUUACUUAAUGGGUUUAACAGUUAGAUUUUGAAGUGAAAUGCCAUUAAUAUGUUGCAAAACCACCAGAUUUAUUAGUUUUAAAUAUUGUGCAAUAUGAAAGUAACACUAAAUCGAUCCUUUAUUUACAAAGUAAUGAACAUUCUCCAGUAAGGAUGUAUUUAAAUGCUAACGCCUCAGUGUUUUCCUUGAAUUAUUAAUACAGGGUUUAAAAUACAAUUGUAAAAUAAUUUUCUAAAUUUAUGGUGGCUGGGCGCUGUUUAAGGUAAUUGUUUAAUACAAUCAAAAAUAUGAAAGCUGAACAAAGCCACUGGCUUUGUGUACAGCAAGAUACUUGAAAUCAAAUCAAAUGUAUUUGAAAGAGAUGAAGUUAAGCACAAGUAGAGGAAAGCAAAUUUUCAUUAUUAAUCAACAUUUUCUAUAGCAUGGCUGAUGAAUUAACACUUAAUCAAAUAUAAAACCUAUGGGAUUAAUAUCGAAAAUAUGGCCAGUACUUGAAAUGUGUGUUCAUUAGCAUUUUUGUUACUUAUAGAACUGUAAUUUAUACUCUAUCCCUUUAAACUGUUGGAACACUAAAUGCCAUUGGAAAUGGGCAGUUAUCUAAUUUAUUAUAGCCAUCUGAAAACAUAUACUAUUUAUUGUUGUACACAAUUAGUAUCUUAUUUAGUUCACUGUUAUUUUAGUUUUAGAAGUGAAAUAACAUUUUGUUUUUUACGUUCAGAUUUAUGUAAUAAAUGUGACAAUUGAGAACUUUUAUAUUUUUGUUAAACUUCACCCAUGUAAGUGGUUUAUUAAAUCUUGCUUGUGUCUGCAGUG